AUGGAACCCGAAUACGUUCAAUCUGAGUGUCGGUUCCCAAUUCUGCAAGCUUUAGCCGUUAAGCAUCGGGCAGAAUGUGACUUACACCCGGAAGAUUCUCCCAACUGCAAUGUCCUCACGCUAAAAGGCAGAAAUGGGGUGGAACCAGAUGGAACAAUCCCUGGAAGAUUGCCAGUGUGUGGGAUGCAUCGCCCAUUCGCCCCAUCCUCUGGCCGAUGCAAGGCAAUUUUAUCCUGUGGUUUCGAAUGUGCACGGCUGUUCAAAUGGAGCCCAGGUGAAGUUCUGCUAUGCCCUGACCAUAGAGAUAUACCACAGCCUUGCUACUUUAUGAAACUCCCUGCAGAACUGAGACUGAAGAUUUAUCAGCAGCUGUUUCUUGAACCGCUACCCCAUAAGCGGUCAUACUCUGACACUCGCACCCACAAAGGCAACCGUACCAGCAUUCUCCGUGUCAAUCGCAAGAUAAGCGAAGAAGCCGCAUCAGUGUUUUACGGAUACCCCAAGUUUACAAUUGAAGUGGGCCCAGACGAGAUAUAUAUGGCUGGUGAUCUAUGGGAGUGGAACUACUUUAAAAAUUUGCUGAGGGAAAAGCCCCGGCUUGAAAAAUCUGAUGCAUUCCCAUACCGCCCCAUUGCCCUUCUAGGAGCUCCCAAACACCCUUUUCUUAAAUGUACCACCAUAAAGAUGCCCAUGGGCAAGGUGAACUUCUCAAGGAUGAGAUCUUUCCAUAUCCAUAUUCAUCUCACACACCCUCAGAAAAAGGCUCGGGCCAACCUUCCAGACUACUCCUGGGAUAGACAAACCAAAAAUUCUUUCCACAUGGUUGCGGACAAUUUACAAAAGCUGGAGGUCCUACUGAAGUUGGUCAAACCCAAUAUUCACAAUCUAUCGGUUUCCAUCCAGAUCGAUUAUCACUUCUCUGGGGGAUUGGCGGAAAAGCUGGCGUAUUCAGUCAAUGCCCUCCGAUGGAUCAGUGGUCUUCAAUUCGUUACGAACGUCUCUAUUCAGACUGUGGAGUUGGGUAAUGAGCCUUUCAGCCUUCUCCCGCAGAACGCCUACAAGCCAUGCCCGAUUCGACCGACUUUGAUUCCCUUCAAAACCGCUCAAAUAACCAAGGAAGAGAUGCCGAUAUACAACCUAUUCGUAUCGGAACUCUCAAUCUGGAAGAACCUGGUUUCAUCUAGGGGUGGUCGCAUAAGCAAAAGCCGAAUCAUGCUCGCGUUUUUGAAGCUGGAAAAUCUGCUCUGGACAUUUCAGGCAGCUAGAGUUCGCCAGUUUAGAGAAGACGAUGAUACGCUACCUAACCUUAUCUAUAGAGCCAGGAACGCACUUCAUGAGGAGGAUCUCGAGGCUAUGAAUGUCAUAUGCAAGGAAGCCGUGAAGCACUGGUCCGACCACGUUAUCAAAGAGAAAGACCUGAAACUAUGUGCGUGGGGGGAAUUUAUCGCGGUAAAUGCUCUGACUUCGGCCCGAAAAACCCCUUCUCUGGGCGAAUUAUUGGAAGCUAUGGAGGAGAUGGGUAUCAGCACUUCGAUCAUACCUGACCCUAGGAAAUAA